AUGAGCAUGGAACCAUCGUCAUGGGUGGUACCUUGCUACUCGGGCUGGUCCAUGGAAGAAGCAGCAGCUGCGUGGAGUAGUGAAGAUAGGAUUAGCUUCCAAACAUCCUUGCCUAGCCAUAGUGAUAGCGUGCAGCUGCAAGUGGUUGAGUAUGCAUCCCCAGCCACACCCACACAUGAUACCUGUAGUGAUGCGGACCAGGUGUUCGAGGAAGCAGCGCAAGUGUUCAAUGAUGACUACUUUCUCAUUAUGGGAAAGAAGAUGCACAGGUUCCCUCCAAGCCUGGUAGAUGUUGGCGAUCGGUACAGGGUGCCGGUGACUGUGGCCAUUGGCCCUUACCACCAUGGUCAAUCCGGCCUGAUGGAGGCGGAGCAGGUAAAGCAUGCGGCUGCCAACCAAUGCAUCAGGGACUCGAGCGGCUCACUCCAGGAGAUGUACACUAAGGUCUCCUCCGUCUCAGACGUCGCCCGCAAACUCUACCGCCACGAUGAUGUGGCGACAUUCGGCCACCGUGAGGACUUUGUGCCGAUGAUGUUCCUUGAUGCUUGCUUCUUGGUGCAGUUCAUGCUUAGUUAUGUGGACAGCUACGUCGUCAGCAUGGAUAUGGCACUGAACAGGUAUUUCUGCGCCAACUUCGAGCGCAUCUCCACCGACAUCAUGAUGCUUGAGAACCAGAUCCCGUGGGUGGUGGUUGAAGCCAUCUUCCACUUCAUGCAUCUAGCGCCCUCGCCCUGGCCUUGGGAGGACUUCGUCGCUGCGAUGAGAAGUGGCCUGAAAAACCGAAUUGAUCCUGGCGUCGACCAAGGCAUCGUCGUAGUUCCUACCUAUGAACCGCCGCAUCUCCUCGGCCUUGUCCGGUACUACAUCGUGGGGAACAACGACGACAUCAAAGUCGAUCGCCCCACUGCUCCGAGCGGAGACAAGCCCAUGUCGUUAUCCAUCAGCGUCGCCGAGCUUGCCGACGUCGGUAUCACACUCGUACCCGAGAAAGAAAAGUCAGGGUUAGUGCACAUGACCCUCCAAAAGAAAAGGUUAGUGGACACGGGCCUCGGCGGGAAAAAGUUUGGCUUCUUAUUCGGCGAUCUCCGCGUGCCACCCCUGUUCCCUGGCAUUGGCAAGAACAUGCGCCUCGGAAAGUGCUACAUCGACAUAAUGAUAGAUAUAGAGAACUUCAAGGACAGGAUGUCAUGGGGGCUCACAUCUUACCUCUUCCUUGACAAGCACUGGCCUAAAAUCGUGGCGGUGGCCACGAUCAUUGCUGCAGUUAUUGGCAUCUUGUCGUCGCUCCAAGCUCUCAAGCCACACUAA